ACAGUGUCACUGCUCGGAGCUCGUUUAUUUUACACUGCCAUCUACAGGACGAGUCAGGGACAAGCACUUUGCGUUCUAACUAUUCUUUGAAAAUGGCAGGCAUUGUACGGAAAUUGGUCCAGGCGACGGCUGCACCUAAAGCAAUUGGACCUUACAGUCAGGCGGUGAUAGCAGAUAAAACGAUGUACAUCUCGGGUCAGAUUGGGUUUGUGCCCACGACAAUGGAGAUAGUGACUGGGGGAGCAGCAGCAGAGACUGACCAGGCCCUGAAGAACAUGGGUGCCAUAUUGGAGGAGGGCGGUUCCAGCUACAACAAUGUGGUGAAGACAACAGUCCUCCUGAAGGAUAUCAACGACUAUGCUGCUGUCAAUGAAGUCUAUGCAAAAUACUUUUCCAACAACAAACCGGCAAGGGCUGCCUUCCAAGUAGCUGCUUUACCCAGGGGUGCACUGGUUGAGAUCGAGGCCAUCGCCGUUGUGGGCAACAUUGUGGAUGCUCAGUGACUAGGCUCCAGUGCCAGACUGUGACUGUCAUCCUGACCAACCUACCAGCCAAUAGUCUCCACUCACAGUCAUGUGGUCAUCUGUGGUCAUCUGUCUGGUCAUCUGUCUGGUCACAAGAAAGAAGACUAAAUACAAAUUCCAUAAUACGACAUUAUAAUACAGAGCUGCAGAUAAGCUGCGUAUCUGCGUAAAAUACGCAUCAGAAAUAUGCAGUAAAAUAAAGUCCAAGCAUUUCAAAUACACAACGAACAUUACAGAUAUGCUACAAAAAUAAACCUUGUGUGUAUCAUCAAAAUAUUGUGAAGUAACCCUGCGUAUUCGAUUAGCAAAUCAGCAACUUAUUUUGAAAUUAUAAACGGGCAUUCC